GUUCGAUUGUUCGCCGUUCGCCGUUCGCUUGUUCGCCGCGUCGUUCCUCUGUGUGCCCUGCUGUUAACGGUUAACGUUCUGUUCUGUUCUGUUCGUUGCAUUCGCCAAAAGCCAACGGUAAAACGCUAAAUCGUAUAUCGAUAAGUCGAUAAAGUGCAACGAUUGGGAAAAUGUGUCAAUAAUUGUGCCUGUCUCUGUGUCUGCCAGUCUGUGAGUGCUUGGCGCCAAAAUCAAAAUGGAUAACGAUUCGCAUGCGCAAGACAAUCAUCGUGGCUCUGUGUCCUCCAGCAAAUCACUGGAAAUACCCGUAACACCCUCGCGCUCACCCAAAAAGGUUUCCUUCUCCGACGAGCUACCCAGCAGCAGCAGCAGAAGCAGCAGCAGCGCCAGCAUUAGCGUCGUCCAAACGGAGCCGAGCGGCGUCAGUCAAGUGCUCCAUCAGGCCGUUCAAUAUCUGGAGCGUUUGCACGGUGCACGCAACUAUGCCACGGAGGAAGCACCAAUUAUCGAGCAGCUGCCACCUGCCGCUGUGCUUGAUCUGGAUAAUGAAUCCUUUGUGCAGCUGGAGUCGCAACAUACGCUGAGCACGGUCGCCACCUCACCGAGCAUUCUGAUAGCUGAACCAAGUGACGUUGGUUACGGCAAGCAGGAAGUGCCAUAUGAGCCGCCGCAAUCGAAUUUGUACAUGGAGCGAUACAAGCUUAAUUUAGAUAAAAACUGCAGCUCCAUGGAGCUGGAGGCGCGACGGGAGAAACAGCGCUGGCUAUUGAUAUCUGAAUGCAGUGCCCGCUUCGGUGAGGGGAAACACACACGUGAGGCAUUUCGCAAGCUAUUUCUAGACGAGGAAUUUCAGCAGAAACUUUUUCAGCUCUUCGAUCUUGAGAGAAAUGGAUACUUGUUGCAAGAUCGCUGGAUCGAACAUCUUAAGGGGCGACUCACCGACGAUCGCCAAAUGGAUUUUGCCGAGCAAAUCGAAUCGGUGGCCUAUGUCAUCUGUGGCGAGAAGAGCCAAGUGAGCUUUAAGAAUUUCCGCGAUAUCUGGCAUACGCGAGGCAUUUUGGAUAAGCUUUAUCGUUUAAUUGACAUCGAUGGCACCAAUCUAAUCUCAACGAAUCAGGUCAUGGAAUUUAUAUCGCAUCUAACCAACUCUAGACCUCGCACGGGCUUUGACAAGAGCUCCCUGGCUCGCUUGGAGCAGCUAUUCCGCAACACUGUGGGCAACGAGCAGGAGAUACGACGCGAGGAGUUCCAAAAAAUUGUGACCUCCAAGAAUCCUUUCUUUACGGAGCGUGUAUUUCAAAUAUUCGACAAGGAUAAUUCUGGCUCAAUAUCGCUGCAGGAGUUUAUCGAUGCCAUACAUCAGUUCUCAGGACAAUCGGCUGAUGAUAAGAUACGUUUUCUGUUCAAGGUCUACGAUAUUGAUGGGGAUGGUCUUAUACAGCACAAGGAGCUGCACGAUGUGAUAUAUCAUUGCAUUAAGGAGAACGGCAUGGAGUUCUCCGAGGAUCAGAUUGAGGAUCUAACCAGCGCAAUGUUCGAGGAUGCCGAUCCACACAACAGCGGCGAGAUCACCUAUGAAGCCCUCAAGAAUCAGCUGCACAAACACGGCGGUCUGCUCGAGAAUUUAAGCAUUACCAUUGAUCGCUGGUUGGUGCCCAUUUCGGAGGAGCCAUCGGCAAGCCACAAAAAGUCGAGACUGUGGAACACUAUACCUCACCAGCUGACGCUGGCCUACAUGAAGAACAACCAGGUCUUUGUCACAUAUCUGUUCUUCUACAUUGCCGUCAAUCUGUGCCUCUUCAUCUCCCGUGCCAUACAAUAUCGCGCCAGCAAUGGCUUUGUGAUUAUUGCCAGAGCCUGCGGACAAUGUCUGAACUUUAAUUGUGCAUGGGUGCUGGUGUUGAUGCUUCGUCACUCACUGACUUAUUUACGCUCGAGAGGCUUAUCCUCCUUUCUGCCCCUGGAUCAUCAUGUCUAUCUGCACAAGCUGACGGGCAUCACCAUUUCCGUAUUUAGUUUGGUUCACACGAUCAUGCAUCUUUUUAACUUUUCGAUAAUUGUGAUCAACGAUCCGAAGAUCAAUGCAGGACACUUCACCAUUGGAGAGUGGCUACUGACGGAUCGGCCGGGUUUGUUUGGACUGAUACCGGGCUGUGCGAAUCCCACGGGAGUUGCUCUUCUAGCCAUUUUGAUGGUCAUGUUUAUCUGCUCGCAACCGUUUGUGCGGCGCAAGGGCAGCUUCGAGGUCUUCUACUGGACACAUCUGCUCUAUGUGCCCUUCUGGAUACUCACACUGUUCCACGGGCCCAACUUCUGGAAGUGGUUCAUGUUGCCGGGACUGGUGUACAUUGUGGAGCGUGUUCUGCGCUUCGUUUGGAUGCGCGGUGAACACGGCAAGACGUAUAUUAGCUCCGGCCUGCUGCUGCCCUCCAAGGUCAUCCAUCUGGUGAUCAAGCGACCCUUUAACUUUAACUUUCGUCCCGGCGACUAUGUUUUUGUGAACAUACCAGCGAUAGCCAACUACGAGUGGCAUCCAUUCACCAUCAGCUCGGCACCAGAGCAGGAGGAUUACAUGUGGCUCCACAUACGCACCGUGGGCGAAUGGACGAAUCGACUAUAUCGAUACUUUGAGCGUGAGCAGCAGAAGCUGCACAAGGGCGACGUGAAUCAGCACAUGCAUGCCAUUCCAACGCCCAGUUUUAUGCUGUUGAAUGAGGCACGCAAUCCGGCGCUGGCCGAGAUGACCCGUCUCCCGCCAACGGUCGAGACGACGCCCCAAACAGACUUCCUGGCACGCAACAUGACCAGCCCAAGCGAACAGGCGCCACCGGAACGACCUCCGCGACAUCAUCGCAAACUGGUGGCGACUGCCAACACGGAUGCGCCCACAUCGACGACGGGCGUGAAUCGCAUCCGCAGCAUUAAGAAAACGCUGCAGCGCACCUUCUCCCGCAAGGAGGCCGUCGAGCCGAAGAGCAAGCUCAGUCGCCAGCCCAUGGGCAUGGCCAAUGGCGCUUUUAUGGCGGAUAACGAGCGCGACAUCUUAAGGCUUGGAGCCACACAGAGGCCGCUGGAGAAGAGCAUCUCGCUGCCGGACAUCAGCAUGAAGAGCAAGAAGCGCAGUCGUCUCAAGGCUCUUCGCGCUUUGGGUCGCUCCGAGUCGGAACGCGCCUUUGAUGAGAAACGGAUGCGUCGUGCUCGGAACAGCAGCGUUGGCUUGGCCUAUCUAAGUCCGCAGAACAAAUCGCUGGCGCAGAGUUUUCGCUAUAUGCGCAACAAGCCAACCAUUAUUGCCUUCAAAACGCCCAGCUUGGAGCUGAGCGAGUCGCAACUGCUGACGACGACGGCGGCGCCGGGGACGACGGGGUCGGAGAGCAACGGUGGCGCCUAUGAAGUCAGCGCUGUGGAGCAGGGGCGUCUGGCCCGCGCGGAGAGUGGAGCAGACCGGUUGCAGCUGACACGUCUCAGUGUGACCACAGAUGAUAAGCCGCUGGAGGAUAAUGCACACACGGGCACGGGCAGCAGAAAGUCACGAUUGCGUCGUCCCACAUUUCUGCGCACGUUGUCCACAUCCCUAACAAAUCGGGGCACGGGCGGCGGCGGUGGCGGUGGCAGCUCCACAACUAACAGCAGUAGCAAGGUCACACUCGAUGCGGGCGUCAUGGAGAUCUUCAUCGAUGGUCCAUAUGGUGCACCAUCGAGCCACAUCUUUGGCGCUCAGCAUGCGGUGCUCAUUGGCACUGGGAUUGGGGUGACGCCCUUUGCCUCCAUAUUGCAGUCGAUCAUGCAUCGGUAUUGGAAGGCAAGGCACAGCUGCCCGCGGUGCCAGUUCGAGUGGUCCAGCGAGAUACCCAAGUCUGUGAUGAAUCUGCGCAAGGUGGACUUUUUCUGGAUCAAUCGUGAUCAGCGCUCCUUUGAGUGGUUUGUCAAUCUGCUUUCACAGCUCGAGAUCGAGCAGGCGGAACUGGGCGGCGCCAUGGAGCGUUUUCUGGACAUGCACAUGUACAUUACAAGCGCACUGCAGCGCACCGAUAUGAAGGCAGUGGGUCUCCAAUUGGCGCUGGAUCUGCUGCACGAGAAGGGCAAACGUGAUCUAAUCACUGGCCUGAAGACCCGCACCAAUGCGGGUAGACCAAACUGGGACAAGGUCUUCAAGCAGCUGCAGGCACAGCAGAAGGGCAAGGUGACCGUCUUCUAUUGUGGACCACCGCAGCUGGCCAAGACGCUGCGGGUCAAGUGCGAUCAGUAUGGAUUCGCCUUUCGUAAGGAGUGCUUUUGAGUUAGCCAUUCUCAUGCUCAUUCUCAUACUAUAUAUUUGUAUCCAUCUAAAGUCCUCUCAUUCAUGUCAAUCAAAUAGGUUUUGGGUUUCUUUUAUUUAAUUAAGUUUUCGAUUUCUAUUUAUUCGUCAUGUGUUUUGUUGCCUCAUCUGCUAUGCGUGUGUCGCCAAGCUUGUAAAUAUCAAUACGUAUAUGCAUUAUAAUAAAAAUUGUUACUAUAUC